AAACUGCGAAGGGAGGUGUCGCGAGAAGCUGCCAAGAAUCUGUCAAUGAUGAGGAUGAUGUUGAGGUCCCUAGCCUCCCUCUGCUUCCUGGCUGCUGCUGCCUUAGCCGUCCCUGCUCAGGAGAAGCGCAUCCUUCACCAGGCUGAUCUGAGUGACCGCGCCCAUGACGAUGCUCACGGCUUCCAGUACGACCAUGAUGCCUUCCUGGGCAAAGAGGAGGCCAAGACCUUCGAUCAGCUGACCCCCGAGGAGAGCAAAGACAAACUAGGGAAGAUUGUGGAGCGCAUUGACACGGAUAAGGAUGGCUACAUCAGCCAUGCAGAGCUGCACAACUGGAUCAAACACCGGCAGAGGAGGUAUAUCGCGGAGAAUGUGAACAAACACUGGAAGGACUACGACAAGAACCAAGACGGAAAGAUAAGCUGGGAAGAGUACAAAAACACCACCUACGGAUACUACCUGGACGAGGAGUUUGAUGACGUCGAAGACAAGGCCACCUAUAAGUCCAUGCUUACCCGGGACGAGAGGCGCUUCAAGACAGCUGACCGAGACGGUGACGGUAUCGCCACACGUGAGGAGUUCACUGCCUUCCUUCACCCGGAGGAGUACGAUUACAUGAGAGACGUGGUGGUGCAGGAAACCAUGGAGGACAUCGAUAAGAACGGCGAUGGCAAGGUCGACAUAGCUGAGUACAUUGGUGACAUGUAUACAUCAGAGGAUGGGGACGGCGAGCCGGACUGGGUCCAGACAGAGAAGAAGCAUUUCUCCGAGUUCAGAGAUGCCAACAAGGAUGGCUACCUGGAUGCUGGUGAGGUAGCCCACUGGGUUCUGCCGGGAGAUGUUGACCAUGCUGACAAUGAAGCCAAACACCUGAUCCAUGAGACGGACACCGACAAGGACCAGAAAAUUACCAAGAAGGAGAUUCUGGCCAACUGGAACAUGUUUGUGGGCAGCCAGGCCACCAAUUACGGGGAGGACUUAAUAAGGAGACACGAUGAACUUUGAUGAGCUGUCAGAAGCUCAUUGGGAGAAUAUGGUUACCAUGGUUUUGGGGUGGGGGUUCUGACUCUGGGGUAAAGGGUGUAAUUAUGUACCUUUGGUCACGCAUGCACAUACACACAAACACAAUCCAUUGAAAUUCAGCAUUCACUCACAUACUGUGUAUGUGAAUACAGACGCUAAACUUCUCUCUUUGCUUCAUUUACAUAUCCUCAUGGGGUUUUUAACUGAGAUGACACAUUCCUGUUGUCUGAUGAAAACUGUGCAUCUCCACAAUUACAAACUAAAGAAACUGUGGAUAAUGUCCAACAUUCACUGGCAUCCAGCUGACACAGUUAUUUUUCUAUGAGCCUGAGAGGUUCAAACGUAGUCCCAACACAUCGUGUUCUGAAGACCAGCAAACAUUGAGAUACUGAGUUUUUACCUGAGAUGGUUACAUUUACCAGAAAGCAUGUGAACAGUUGCUCUCAAGAAGUGUAUGAAGUGACUUCAGGGGGUUUGACUAUUAAAGUCUUCUUUUUUCUACAAAUGCAGUUUAUUUGUUAUUUAUUUGUGUAUAUUAUAUUGUGAUUAUGAGAACAGUGUAGCUCUCUACAUGAAUAGGAGGUGAUUUUCUGGUUACUGGUAUAUUUCUGACUAUUUUCCUACAAUAUGACAUUUAGUCUGAAGGUGUUAAAGCAGAUGUACAGAUAUUUAUCAACUUUCAGCAGAAUCAUAUUCAUACAUCUCUUCAUGUUAUCAGUGGUCCAGAAGAAUACUUAUAUUUCAUUUAAAACACAACAAUCAGUUUUUGUUUUACAAAUCUCAUGUAUUGCUUUGACCUUGUUCUUGAUUAUUUGUAAUUUUGUGUACAUUUUAUUAUGAUGAUAUUUACAGUAUUGGAAACUACCACUUAAUGAGUUAACUGAGCAGGUUGUGUGUCAUAACAGGUACGGAUUCCUUUACCAAAGCACAACACAUUUUCAAGUCCUCUUCCAGCUCCACCAGUGUCCAGUCAAAAGAAAUCCUUUCAGAGCCAGCAGCUCCUGAGAGAGGGUUAAGUCUUAAAAAGUCCAACAUGACCUGUUUGAGUUAACAGCUGAGAAAACCACCUAAAUAUACUUUUCCUGAUCUGACCAUUAUCAUUAUUAUUAUUAUGUAGUUACUUUAGUACCUCAGGCUUAUGUUCAGCAGAGGCUGAGCCACCUUAAUGUUUACUCCCCGGUACAGGUCAAGCUCCAGAAACAUGGAUUGCACGCUCCCAUAAUACAGUUUGAUAGCGUCUUUGGCCCCUUCCUGUAUGGUGAAGACAUUUUUCAGAUGCCACACCUCCAGAUUCGAAUGCAUGCUUUCUGUUAGACAUCUAUUCUUUCAAGAUCACGCUAUUCUCUCAGCCACCGAUGAUUUUCACAGUCAGUAGUACUCUUGAGGAUGAGUAAAAUCAUCUUACAUUGACCUGUCCCACUUUUUAUAGAGCAUCACGAACAACACAUAACAAUUUACAACCACGAUUGCGUUAUAAAAUUAAGCAGACAUUUAAAGACAGCAGACAGAACGAAGUGAAUAUUCAGUAAAUUAAGUUAAAAAAAAGCAAAAUAACUAUAUAAGAAUGUACAGAAGUAGGGAGGGGUUUUCAGGCAGGCUUUUGCCAACUCAUCAUUUAGGCUGUGUCUUUACCUGUCCCACUUAUUCUGACUAGUUUUCAGACUUAACUUUUCCUCAGUUACAAUCGACCAGCCCAACUGAAACCCAGCUUUCAUCUGUCAGAGACCAAACAGCAGUCAAACUGUGAUUGUUGGCGACGCUCAGAUAUUAAUCAUCUAUCUGCUCAUUAUUUCAGUCAUCAAAUGUACUCCCAACGUACUAGCUUUAGGCUACUUGAGUACUUUCUUCAAAAUAAAGCAAACUAUUUUACACCAGGGUAAAAAUUAUGAAACAUAAUAGUGUUUUCACCAUUUGCUUUCAUGUCAAAUAGAAGACACAAACGAAUUUAUGGGCAACCAAUCUGAAGGAUGUUUAAAAGUAUUGUUAGUAAUGUGCUUAUUGUGAUUUUGUGUGUUUUUAACUUUAUAUUGAUUGAUUUCUAUUAUAUGUUUAUGUGCUGCUCUGUAACAGCACAGCAGGUGUAGGGUGUGAUGUGAGCUCAGUGUCUUGUUAUUGGUCAUGAAUGUUUGCAUUAUAUGGCCAGAUGACCUAAUAAAGCAGGACCCACCUGAAGGCCCUUAUCAGGUCAGUUGAUACAAUCUUGCAUCUCCUCAGCACCGUGUCAGCAUCAGUAUCUGAUCUGAUUAAUGGAGCAUAUUCACACAUCGUCAGUAAAGCAGCACAAACCAGGUUGGUAAUCCAGCCUUGCUUUAAACUGGUUCAUCGUGGUGUGCUUCCUCGAUGAAUGUCAUGGGUAAGAAAUAUU